GCUAAGGUUUUUUUUUCUUCUUCGGUAGCUCACGUGCGUUACCAUGAUGUAAACAUGCGACAUAAGACGAUUUUUAGUUAAACACGUUUCUAACACGAAUUUGGUUUAUCUGGGCGAGUCGCAAAGCUAAAUUAUAUCUAAUAAUUAAUUUAUCUUGGUGUAUGAGCUAACUUUUAGCCAUGCCAGCGCAAACUUUAUUUGUCGCUUCUCUGCCUGUUUCUGCUUCAAAUCAGCGUCUGGAGGAAAUAUUCUCUGAAAUCGGUCCCGUCAAGCAGUGUUUCGUGGUCAAAGAUCGAGGUUCAGAAAAAUGCCGGGGAUUUGGAUAUGUUACAUAUUCCUUGGAGGAAGAUGCACAGCGUGCCAUGAAGGAAAUAAAACAUUACGAUGGACAGAAGAUACUGCUGACAGUCGCAAAGAAGAAGAUGAAAGACAAAAGGAAGUCUGCACCAAAAGAACCACCUGCAGCUGCAAAGGGGAAUGAGCAGAAAUCCAAAGGAAUCAGGAAAAGCAUGCUGAAAGCUAAACUCAUUAUAAGAAAUCUCAGUUUUAAGUGUUCUGAAGAUGAUCUGAAGCAAAUAUUUUCCAAAUUUGGAGCAGUGCUUGAGGUCAAAAUUCCUCUCAAACCUGAUGGGAAGAUGCGAGGGUUUGCAUUUGUGUUGUUUAAAAGUGUGUCUCAGGCUGGGAAAGCUCUGAAUGCUAUGAACCUGAAGGAAAUUAAAGGUCGCCAGGUAGCGAUUGACUGGGCUGUACCAAAGGACAAAUAUGAAGCAACACAGAGCUCUUCCAGUCCAGCGAAUAAGAAUGUUGAGGAAAUUACUGUGAAAGAACCACAAACAAAAAGUGACGUAGAAGAAGAGGAGGACUCGUCAAAUGAAGCAUCACCUGCGAAGGAAAAGGUCAAAUUAAAACAAACUGAAAAGCACGUGAAGAAAUUUCAACCAGACGAUGAAGAGGACAGUGAAGAACAAACCAGUGAGGAGAAUGAGGAUGGAGAUAAAGAAACUGAUGAUGACAUCUCAGAGGAAGGAGACAACGAUGACAAAUGCGACCUUAGUUCAGAUGAUGAUGAUCAUGACGAAGAUGAGGAGGAGGACGAUGAUGAUGAUGAGGAGGAGGAUGAUGAUGAUGAAGAAGAGUCAGACAAAAAGAAACCCCCAAAGAAAACGUUUCCAUCAGAUGUGAAAGAAGGCAGAACAAUUUUCAUCAGGAACCUGGCGUUUGACACAGAGGAAGAAGACCUUGAGAAAGUUCUUCUGCAGUAUGGAGAACUUAACUACAUAAAGAUUGUUCUUCACCCAGACACUGAACAUUCGAAAGGUUGUGCAUUUGCUCAAUUUAAGACUAAAGAGGCUGCAGAGAAAUGCAUUGCUGAAGCGCAGGAUGAGAAAGGUGGCAUCCGUCUGGAUGGCAGAAAACUGUUGAUUGUGGCAGCAGUGAGCAGGGAGGACGCCACCAAACUAAAGGGCAACAAGGUCAAAGUAGAAACAGGCACAAGGAACUUAUACUUGGCCAGGGAGGGAUUUAUUCGUGCUGGAACCAAGGCUGCAGAGGGUGUUCCUGAAGCGGACAUGAUCAAGAGAGCCAGGUUUGAAGAAAUAAAAAGAACCAAACUCCGGGACCAAAACGUGUUUGUGUCAAAGAAUCGUCUGUGUAUCCAUAACCUGCCAAAAUCAGUGGACAAUAAGAAACUCAAAUCACUUUGUCUUCAAGCAUUGAAAGGGGCGAAGGGAGUUCGCAUUACAGAGUGCAGGGUGAUGUAUGAUAAGAGACCUGAGAAGGGACAAGUGAUGGGACAGUCUCUAGGUUAUGCCUUUGUCCAAUUCCAGGAGCAUGAACACACCCUCACUGCCCUUCGUUACCUGAACAACAACCCAGACAUCUUUGGUUCGCAUAAGAGACCCAUUGUUGAGUUCUCCCUGGAGGAUUCAAGAAAGCUCAAAAUGAAAGAAAUUAGGCAACAGAAAAAUAAGGAUUUUCUCCAAAAUAGGCCUUUAAAGGUUUUGGGAAAACCUCAGACUAAGACACCUGGAGAUACAAAAGGCCCAAGAAGUCAGGACCGAAAACGCAGACUACAAAUAAGAGUUGUUCCUCAGAAACAAAAACAGGACAGUCACUAUUCUGGGUUCCAGACUAUCACUGAAGUGGAACAUGUAGAGUUGAAUGAUGGCAAGAAACGGAGGAAAGUUUUACCUUUUCCCUCCCAUCGUGGAGCUAAGAUAAGAAUGCGUGACAAAGGAAAGCGACAGAACAUUCUACCCAAAAGAAAUCCGACCAGGUGCAAGAAGAAAGAGCAUCGAAGGCGGCCUUUGGAAAAGUCCAUACAGCCCAGAACCCAGAAGGCAAAAGCAGAAAGGGGGAAUUACCAGCGCAGGCAUGGAGAUCAUUUUGAAAGCUUGGUGGAGCAGUACAAGAAGAAACUAAUGGGUAGCAGCACCAAAAACACAAGUAUCAGAACAAACAAAUGGUUUGAUAAUUAAUUGUACAUUCAUGAGCGUGAUAUAUUGAGGGCGGUAUUUAUAAUGAGCAUAAAUUUAAUUAAAUAUGUGCUUAUUGGUUACCGUAACAUAUCUUGAUUCAAGUGACUGAAGUUAUAGAAACCAUCAUGGUUUUAGUAAAUCAGGUUUGUGUUAAAUUCUACAUUUUGUGGGUACACUAUUGUUGUUCUAUCAUUUUAUUCUGUAAAAUCUGCUUUCAUCAUGUGCUUAUUUUUUCCCCUUAUAAAAAUUUACUUUGUGAAGAUAGUUUCUUUUAUGUACACGAGGCUUCUACAAAUACAUUUUGUAAGCAAUUAAAUUUGUCUUGAUUUAUA